AUGUCAAACUCCCAUACUGACUCCAGAAAUGCCGCACACACCCCUCCGGUGAGUACUGAGCAAGGUCAACAAAUCUCUCAGGAUGGCGAUCAAAUUAAAGCACAAAGAUGGGCCAACAUGCCACCAAGAUCACCGAGAUCAACUCAAACCUCUUUGUUUAGUCAAGCUCUAUCCAUGGCUCCUCAAGAAUCUGCGGCAACUCACAUCGAUACUUCUUCUCGCAAAUCUCGAAAUACAUCCUCUCGCAUAAUACGACCUUAUCCUUCUGCCACAAUGAAUCAAUAUCAGGAUGAAAGGACUGCAACUUUGGCAGAUUCAUUGAACGAUAUGGUUAUUGGGACGGCAUCUAUUACCCUCAAUCCAAAUAGACCUGUCAGUGCUGGGGCAACUCCAUCCAUGACUUCUGGUGUGCUUUUUGAUAUGGAACAAGUCAAUGAUAUCCUAUCGGGUCACCGGGAAUACCUCAAAAAUGCAAAAGCGAAAGGAAGAGGAACAUCUCUUGAACGAACAGCGAAGGAGAAAAGGGUUCAAGAUCUACCAAAAGGCUCAUUCUCAACCAAUCCUGGUGAUACUGGCAUAAUAACUCGACCAUCAACACCUCUGCAGGAGCCAGCAGGGUCUCUUUCGGACAACCCACCUGUGGAUGGAUUCCGAGCAAGCUAUCGUUCAUGGAGAGAUGCCAGAACAAGCCCACCUGUAGAGAAGGCCUGGUCAAUCUGCGAACAAGGUGACGAUGAUCAGGGUGGCCAAGUCGAAAAGGCUAUUGCAGAAGCUUUAUCGGGAGUGGAGCACAACAAUCGCAGCCGAAAAGCAAGUCACAGUCUGAGAUUCUUCAGGGAAGGUCUGCCAGAAGAUAAGACAAAGAAACGAGAAAAUAAGAACAGAACCCAACCAAAAGAAGCACACUCUUCUGCUAGGAUCAGUAGCAUACCCGAAGCUGGGCAGGACGACACAAGAACAAAGUCAGCAGCAGCUUUGGAAGGUGAAAUGCUGUCAUCUUUCGCAGAUUCGAGGAUGUCAUCUAAGUCACCAAUCCGCAACAAUGGUUUUGAUGCUACCUUCAGCCCCGCCGAAGGACUUCCUGCCGAAGCAGAAUACUUUGAUUCAUCUCACAACAUCGAAACGCUUCUUCGAGACAAAUUAAGACGAAUGCCUUCACAGCUACUGGUCGAUAUACGAAAGCAUCACAACUUAACACCUGGUAACGCCAAAGGAUCUUCGUUUUCAGGAAGCAUACCAGCUCCGGAAUCUGAGAAGUCAAAGCCAGAUUCAGGCGAGGAGAAUUCAUUCGGCAGACCUCAGAUAGAUCGAGAGGGCAAUGAGGAUGGUGCUGACUUGAAGAAGGUUCAGAGUCAUGAUGAAGGUAAUGAAUCUGGUGAGGAAAAGAUCUCAUCCGCGUUAUUCGUCCCUCACAAGACUGCUCAUGGUACAUCUGAACGAGGGGCAGAAGACCUGCAAGACAGACUAGACCUUGUUGCGAGGCCUGAGAAUAAUGAUCAACUUCAAUCAGAAGAUUCAGACCCACAACAGUGGCUUGAAGAACACCGAGUCCCAUCUUGUGAAGUAGAUAACACUUAUGACAGUCACGAAGUUAAAUCACGACCACUGCCAUCACCACGACUUCCUAAGCAGCAUGACUCGACAGCAGAAGAGAAUGGUUAUAUUACUCCUACAGAUACUCAUGAUCCUAGUCAAGACUCAUACGAUGAAGGAGAAUCGACAACUUUUGAAGAGUCCUUAACUGAUGAUCCCGAGGCAACACCGACUUCUUUUAAACAUCGUCGUCGUAGCUUCAAGUCAACAACACCCAUGAUACAUGUUAUCGAGGACCAAGAAGAUGCUAGAAAAUCUCGCGGCUCAGUUGAAUUGAUUCCCUACAAGCAUCAAGUCGGUGGCCACACAACUAUGUGGAGAUUCUCAAACCGUGCAGUCUGCAAGGAAUUGAAUAAUGGUGAAAACAAGUUUUAUGAGAUAUGCGAGCGAAAGCAUCCCCAGCUCAUGAAGUUUUUACCAAGGUAUAUUGGUGUUUUGAAUGUAACUUUGGAGAAAAAGCAUUUACGACCAAAGGUCUUGCCCAAGAAUGAUAAAGGUAUUGUGGCCGAGCAGGAGUCCGAUGUAACUGAUGGGCAUCUGCCGAAAGAAGAGACUGCUACCACCGACACAAAUGGCCACACAAGUUCUGAAAAGGUUCCGGAGCCAACAAGGAUGAUCAGCCAAUCACUAAAGACAUCUUCUAUUCCUAUAGCAACUGUCAACUUUGCCGACAAUAGACAUAUUAUACCAAAGAGUUUCUUGCAGCCUCAUCCACAUCUCAUUGAUCCCAUUGAGACCAUUGAAACCACAAGUACCAAGGAGUCUAAUCAGACUAUGCAAAAAGGUCAGAGUCAAACACAGCCCCCACCAAGCGGCGAUUUCACAUUUCGUCCAACUUUAUCAGAUAAGCAUGCAGUUAGCUGGGGUGCAACAACUAUCAACAAGGAACUUCGAAACAAGGUCUUUGGAGAAGCCUUCUUACAACCAAUCCCCAUUCAUCGACAUAAGAAACCAGGAUCGCAAAAUCGAGCAUUGCGCAAUGGUCCUUCACUACGAAGUGCAAAUUCGGAAUCUAGCUUGAAGUCAGUCCAGUCAACCAAAAUGGCUGAUAGCCAGCCGCCCAAAGACUCAAUGCGCACAAGAGCUAUCAAGACUGCGGCUGAACAAAGAACUGGACUCUCACCAAUGACCCCUGUCACACCUGCUCCACCAGUUUCGACGAAUGAUGCCGACGUAAAUGGAAAUGGUCAUUGCGAGGUUGGAGAACUUGAAGAUGAAUUUGAUCAUAUGGCCGGCACAAGUGCUCCUGAAGCAGAGAUUGCAGGACCUCGGGAUUCUCCAAAACGACCAAAGAGACGUUUUUCAAGUGGUGGGCUUCGCCGUAGACCUGCAGAAGUAGCAGAUGGUCGAGGAAAUCUCCAAUACUUCGAAGAGGCGGAUGAUGCUGGCUACAAGGGUGAUGAGGAAGAUGUUUUUGCCAUGGAUCCUGAACUGACUGGUGAACAAAAGACAUUACAUUCAUCUACAAUGGAGGCGCCAACAUCUAAGCUCGGAACUGUAAUUGAAAGCUCUAAAUCGAACUCUGCCGAUUCGAAUAUCUUCAUCAAACGACCAAUCACCCCGAAGAUGUUACCGAGUGCUCUUGUAAUUCCCCCUCGACCUGUCAAUCCCAAGGAAGCUCAGACACAAGGUCGACGCAUUCAAUAUUUCUUGCUCUUGGAAGAUUUGACAGCUGGCAUGAAGAAACCUUGUAUCAUGGACCUCAAGAUGGGCACUCGUCAAUAUGGUAUCGAUGCAGUUGAGAAGAAACAAAUUUCCCAGCGCACUAAGUGUGAAGCAACAACAUCUCACGAUCUAGGUGUUAGAGUUUGUGGUCUCCAAGUUUGGGAUGUAAAGACUCAGAAGUACGUUUUCCAUGACAAGUACUUUGGUCGAGAUCUUAAAGCCGGACCGGACUUUCAGAAAGCACUUACUCGUUUCUUAUACGACGGCAUCGACGAUGGAAGUAUUCUACGACAUAUACCGACUCUCAUUCAUAAGAUCUCUACACUUGAGGUGUUGAUUAGAAGUCUACCAGGCUAUCGGUUCUAUGCUGCCAGUCUUCUCCUAUUCUAUGAUGGGGAAACUGUCGAAGAGGAAGAGUCUGAUAGCAAUGCAUUUGAGCCAUUGAGCAGAAGAAGAGAAAUUGAUCUCAAAAUGGCAGAUUUUGCAAAUUGUGCAAUCAAAGAAGAUUGUUUGGCACCGGGAAGACAUUGUCCACCUCGACAUCCUGAUCAACCGGAUUUGGGAUUCCUUAGGGGAUUGAAAAGCCUAAAACAGUAUUUUCUGGCAAUUCAGAAAGAUGUAAGAAGAAAGAUGGGUAUCAAGGCGAGAGAUUGGAAUGAAGAACAACGAAAGAUUGAUUCGGAGGAUGAAGCAAAUUUGAGUUAUUGA